AUGGGAAAAGAGGGAGAGGAUUCAACAACAAAGGUAGAAUCACCAGUUAAUUGUGAACAUUUUUCGUCCAAACACAGAUAUUUAAUUGCAGCUUUGCAGAAAGAAAAUGCACCUGAAAUAUUGAAGCAAACUAUGCGACAUGAGGGUUGUCGAAAGGAAAUUGCAGCUGAAACUGAUGCUCUUGAGGAACAGGGAACCUGGACAUUAGAGAGUUUACCAACAGGAAAGAAAGCACUUGGGAGCAAGUGGGUUUAUACGGAGAAGCGAGAUGAAGAUGGAAACUUGCUCAGAUUAAAGGCUAGAUUGGUCUGUCUAGGAAAUCAUCAGGAACAAGGCUUAGACUACAAUGAAACAUUUGCCCGGCCGAGUGGAGAAAUUGGCGACAGUUCGUACUUUUCUAGCAAUUGCAACAGUUAA